AUGUACAGUCCAGGCUCCUUGUUCCCCAUCUCAACGUUAAUACCGGUGACUAUCAUCUGCAUUUUGAUGUUUAUCGUUGGCGUCACUGGGAACACCAUGACCAUAUUGAUCAUCAGAAAGUACAAGGACAUGAAGACCACCACCAACCUCUACCUCUCCAGCAUGGCUGUCUCUGACCUGAUCAUAUUCCUCUGUCUGCCCUUUGACCUCUACCGCCUCUGGAAAUACAUUCCGUGGAUAUUCGGAGAGGCCGUUUGCCGCUUGUCUCACUACAUCAAUGAAGGAUGCACCUAUGCCACCAUCUUACAUAUCACUGCCCUUAGCAUCGAGCGGUACUUGGCCAUUUGUUUCCCGCUAAAGGCUAAAGUGUUUGUUACUAAAAGGAGGGUGAAAUGUGUGAUUGGCUUCCUGUGGAUGUUCGCACUAGUGUCCGCUGCUCCAAUGCUUUUCCUUUUUGGGGUAGAAUAUGAAAACAACACAGAUCCUGACACUGGUACCAGACAGUGCAAGUACACUUCAUACGCUGUAAGCUCUGGGCUCCUGUACACCAUGGUCUGGGUGUCCACCAUCUAUUUCUUUUUCCCCAUGUUCUGCUUAUCUUUCCUCUAUGGCUCCAUUUGCAGAAAACUGUGGAAAAGCAAGAAUGAAAUCCGAGGACCCAAUGCUGCUAACAGAGAACGGUACCACAGACAAACUGUCAAUAUUUUGGUUGUUGUCGUUUUGGCUUUUGCAGUCUGCUGGUUGCCUUUUCACAUUGGGAGAAACAUUUUUAUUCACGUCGACAAUUACCUUGCGGCUAAAUUCAGUCAGUACUUCAACAUGGUCUCCAUGCUGCUGUUCUACCUGAGUGCCUGUAUCAACCCAGUUCUUUACAACCUCAUGUCCAAGAAAUACAGGGCUGCUGCCUCCAGACUGCUUCUAAAUAAACAAUCCAGUCAGAGAUCUUUCUCUGCUACCAGGGAGUACACUGCAGCCUGUACGGAGACCAGCACAGGCGUUUAAAAAAGAAAAGGCGGGAAAAGAUGUUUUCACUUGCUGACAGCACCAACAGACACCAGGGACAUUUGGAAGUGGUAAUUGUCUUGUGCCCCUGUGUGUGGUGUGUUUGAAUCAAGUUGCCCCACUGAAACUAAAUAUUGUCCGUUCUAAAGUAAAUUUGAAGUUUUGGACUUUCUGUGCACCAUGCAAGCUAUAUGUUUCUAAAACAGAAGAUUGACAGGGGUUUCAAAUCAGUUACUAAACCAAGAUUCAACAAUGCCUGCUCUGUAUAAUUAGAGAGGCUACGUGGUUGUAAUGGAUAGGAUAAACAAUUAUAUGAUGGUUAAAACAUCCUUUUCUUCCUAUAUUAAUGGGGGAAUCACUUUCAGUACACAGUCAUUGGAUGCUGUAUGCAAAGGAUUGAGGAAUAUGAGAAUAACUAUCAAAUCUAGAAAAACUGUCUCUCUUAGUGAACAGACUUGCAUUACACAGGAACAAUUACUAUUUCAGCUUUAAAUCUUUUAAGCAAAUAUAAAACAGAAAAAGCAUUCAAAUCUAAGGUCAGAGAAUUAGAGGUAUGACUGAAUUCCACCCCCCACCAAAAAACCUGACCCAACCCGACCCAUAGUUUUGAGACUAAACAAUUUGUGGUC